UUCAUAAAAACAGUUGAAAUAUUCACUACCUACUAGCGCUAGUGAAAUGAUGUGUAGUGAAAUAUAGAACUAGACAGUAUCAGUCAAUGGGCUUAUCACCACUAUUAUACACAAGCGCUAGUGGUGAAUUCUCCAGCUGUUUUUAAUAACGAUUACAGUUGUACGUACGCUUGCCUGCUUCAUGUAGGCUAACUAUUCAUGGACUUGAGCAAGUACUACCACGUAUUAUUUAUUUUUUUGAACAUAACCUAACAAGCAGUACUGAAAGUGAGACCCCACUUAUCUCUCUCUCAUAUAUGUAAAAUACUGACAUAAUGCGUCGCGUACCUUAUCGAUAAAUUGAUAUCGUGAUAUCAUUAUUAUUAUUAUUAUUAUUAUUAUUAUUAGUAUUCUGUUUUAAAUUUUUUUGAAGAAGUAAGUAUAUAAAGUUACUAAAUAAUAAAAUAGGUACGUACAUAAUUGAAAGAAUUUGAAAAUAUUUUGUUUCUCUGAGUCUGAAGAGCUGGAACACUUGUAUUGAACUGCGUUGAAAUGGGCUGUAGAUUUAUAAAUGUUGAUGAUGGUCUGCUGGCUUGUUUCUUCACUGAUAUAGCUGGAACACUGGUGUUGAAGACUGUACUGCACUGUGUUGAAAUGGUUGGAGACUGUUAAAUUUUGACAAUAUUUUGCUGGCUUUUAUACACAAAUAUUUUCCACCUACUAUAAAUUUUAGCCAAGUAGGUAUUUGCAAUAGUCAAGGAUAUUAUAUGACCUCAAUAUUAUUAGAAUGUAUCCUACAGCAGUGAAUAACAUUAAACAACAUUAUAUUAUUUGCAACACUUAAAAUAAGUUUCUAUACUGGUUCUGAACAGGAUGUGAAAAUGUGGUAAGGCCAUUACUAUGAGUAUCUGCUUAUAGCCAAAUUUUAAGAUUUAUUUCAGGUCAUUGCUAUUGGUGAGAACUCUUGAAAUAAAUUACAAUGUACAUGGGAAACAUUCAAAAAUCUGAGUAUAAACAGCAGUCAAUGACUUUACAUGACCUCAUAUUCUUGUUAACAGUUUGCCAAAAACAUUUGAAAUAAAUAUAUGUACAUAUUUCAGGUCAUUGCUAUUGGUGAGAACUCUUGAAAUAAAUUACAAUGUACAUGGGAACAUUUAAAAAUCUGAGUAUAAACAGCAGUCAAUGACUUUACAUGACCUCAUAUUCUUGUUAACAGUUUGCAAAAAACAUUUGAAAUAAAUAGAUAUACAUUAGGAUAAUGUAUAUCUUUUUCUAAUUUUAAUACCGGUUCUGAGUUGAAUGUGAAAAAUAUAGAAAGGUUUUUUUACACGUCACUGGUAUAAGCACCCGCAUACAGUCAAGUUUAGAGUAGUGGAAAAUAUCUGUGUAUAAAAGCCGGCAGAAUAUCGUCAAAAUGUAUCAGUCUCCAGUAAUUUCAACACAGUGCAGUACAGUCUUCAACACAGCUCAAGAUGUCCUACAGAACUUCAAUCGCGUCUUCUGAAUCAGAGAAUGAACAUUUUGAAGAACCGGCGGAUGUAAAAAUGAAACCAUCUGCAUCAAAAAGCAAACAGAGUUUGAAACGUGGUGCUGAGAAGAAUACAGAAAAAAAACCUAAAAAAAAGCAGACGAAAAUGGCUUCAUCAUCAUCAUAUAGGGAUAACAUCGGUGAUCUUUUUAGAUUAGAAGAUUUCGAGGAAGAAGUAACUAAUUCCUUAACUUUCCGUCAAGGUGAUGGGCUCAUCACUACUAAAACUACUUUUGAGGGCAAGCCGACCGAUUACUGGGUGUUGACCCACUAUAAAAGCUCAAACAUUGUAAAUGUUGCACUUAAGGAUAGAUGGCGUCAUUCGGAAGCAUCCGUAAAGAUAUUUACGAGCGAUAAAUCGAAAGACCAGUCGUUGAAUAGCAGUCUGAAUCAGACUAUGCAGGCUGUAUUCGAUACAAUGCUGCAGGAUCCAGAUCGACGGACAAUAAAAAGCAAAUUAGCAGUUUGAUUGUUAUAUAUAUAUAUAUAUAUAAAAAAA